GGCAAACUUGUGGCCGCUAUGCACGGAUAUAUAAGUGAGCCUAGCUGCGCUCCUUGCAGUCAGUCUACUCUCUUCUACACCAUGAGGAUUGUUGUGUGUGUGCUUCUCGCAGUUGCUGGACUAGCGUCCGGCCGAGUGCCAGCCAGUUUCCAGGAUCCUGCUACCCUCUCUGUUGAUGCCUCUCCCGGAGGUCCACCUUCUGCAGGUGCCUCUCAUGGUGCUGCUGCCGCGGCUCCCGCUGCUGCUGCAGGUAGACUGGCUCCCACACAACAGAACUUGGGCCCAAAUUUCUUCGGUCCAGGACUCAACAACCCGUUGGCCGUCCCUGUCCACCCCUUGGUGGCACAACAAGCACAGAGGAUAACAGCUGCUAACCCCAAUCUUAGAGUGUUUGUUGACAUUGACGGCUCAGCGCAUUUCACCGACCAGUUCGGCCGAGAAGUUGAGGAAGUUUUGGAUGAAUUUGGCCGCGAUGUCAGUGAUUUUCUGGACAUUGAGGAACUGCAUGAGCAGCUUCUUCGAGCUCAGAGGCAGCAGCUCAACCUGCAGCUGCUUCAGCAGUUCAACACCAACCCCACACCUUUUGACCAGACUGUUGGAGGUGCUGCUAGAACAGCUGAUAUUGGUGGGGCAGCCAGCGCUGGAGGACAGUCUGCUAUUGGCAGCAGAUUUCAACAACGACCAUUUUACACAAUCGUUCUGUAAAGCCUCUUAAAACACCACACUAAUACGACCUUUCCAAAGAUCGUAGUUGACACCUAGAUGAAUCCAUCUCUUGAUUCCACUCUAACUUUACUUCCCAACACUCUAGCUCGCCUGGUCCAUCCUAUCACCUGAUGUUAUACGUAGCCUGAUCCUCUGUUUCAACUCAUCCUUAAUCUAGUUAAGAAAUGCUGGUCACAAGUUCCUGUAGACCUGUCAUCUGAUCCUCCAAGUAACUUGAUCCUGCUUGUAUAUUACCUGUUCCUCUACUUCGAUGGAUUCUUUCGUUACUUAAUCUUACCUACUUUCAUUCACAUGAUGCUUUUACCCGUCACAGCAUUGUACCUUUCCGUCACCUUUCCUGACUGUCUGACCUUCCCCUUAACACUGUCUCUUCCAGCACAUCUUUAUCCAGACUAUCCUAGAAAACUAUCCCGGUAUAUCAUCCUAGUACAUUAUGUCUACAAAAUAUUGCAAUACUUGUAUAAAAAAAUUGUAAGUGUUUUUGUAUAAAUUAUUUAAAAAUAAAUUAUCGCACGUGUCUUCAA